AUGCAAAUUGGCAUCAGCGACUCAAGUGCACCAUUGGACAUGAAAGAUAUUCUAAUGGUACUUGAUAUGACAGAGUCCCGUGACAACGCCGAAGACAAAGCUCAGCAAAACUCCCAUCAGGGACUUUCGCUCAGAGUCAUCAUGCACUCCUUCACGCGGGCCGAAGCAAUUGAAAGCUUGAAGCGCUCGUCAGCCUGUGCUUUGUCUAAUUUGUCAGCACCAGCCACACGAACGAAUCGGGGGUUUGGUACAGGAACAUCAUAUUCAAGUGAUUUCAGUCGAAUUGCGAACUUUUUCAGUUCGUGA